AUGUCAUCUCAAACACUAACUCUUCCCUCUUCUCGCUACCACGAUAGUUCCGGCCACCCAAUAAUUUUCAAUUAUCGCUGCGCUACUGUUGGGCAAGAGGACCGACUAGACAGCAGUAAUAUGAGAUAUGCGGGCCCUUCCAGCAGUCACCAUAUCUUUCCUUCUCUUCGAUACCAGUGCCUUCCUUUCGACACCAGGGUCUCCGGACUGCGUGAGCCUUCGCUCCAUCAGGUUUAA